AUGACUGACCAGCCUUACGUGGAAAUAAUCAUCGAUGCAUCCAGCCUGCCGUACACCGAUAAACUCGUUCAUCGCAGCUCCGAAGCUGACGAUCUUCCUGGAGCACUGGAAAAAGUAAUGCGUGCAACUCUCAAGCCAUACCUGCCGAAUGAGGAGCAUUCGGGACUGCACUCUUGGCGCCUGCAGGUGGUGGCCGUAGUGCCCGUGGUUAGCCACCGUACGAUGGACCCUAUGGCCAGGUUCAAGACCGACCUAGCCAAGCUUCAGGACCACCGAAUUGUGGCUUUGAACGCGCGUAGCGAGAGGCGUACAGAAAAGCUGGAGGAACUGACCAACGACCCGGCAUGCCUGUUGGUCCUCCUAGUUCCCGCAUCGCCAGGUUCAGCACUAGGCUUCCAAAGCAACAGCAAGGUGAAGCGAGUCGACUAUCUGCCUGGAUACAUCCCCGUCAAUGCAGGCAACCAGCGCAUCGAAAUCACCAUCAUCCCACGCCCGCCAGAUUUUUUCCGCGACGAAUACCACGCUCACAAAGCGAACAAUAACGGGGUUACAGAUGUAUGA